AUGACUGCUGUGGCUUCACCACCUAGCGUACAGACGGGGCCUCGCUUGGGAUGGUACGAUUCUGGUGACGGUGGACAAGGAGCUCUGUCUUCGAUGAACCCAGACGAGGUCUCCCGGAUGUUUAUGCCCCGGAAGACCCUGCACAGGUCCAACUCUUCCUCUUCGAUAGGGUCUAACUCGUCCGCGUCGACGAUCGCCGCAAGCCCGUCAAAUACUGAUGCAGGACAAUUUGCCAACGGUGACUCUGCAACUGCAGCGUCGAAAAAGAAGUCUUCGCGCAGUGUUUGGCCCAGUUCGAAGUCGGAACCAGUCUCUGGAAUAAGCAACGCGCGCUCGCAAGCAAAGCCAGCUUUUUUCUCCGGUACAGGCGCCUCAUCUGCUAUGUCUGCCGUUCAGCAACCCUCUUCUAUCCUUCCCUCUCAGCACCUUCUCCAGUCGUCUCAGCAGAAUGGCGUUCGCGCAGGAAGCACGCCUGCUGGAGAUCCACCCGCAAUCCUGACCCUGAUUCCGCUCAAUGGCACUUUCGAAAAGAAACAGAUCACACUGCCGUACUUUCCUGAAACCCUGCGAAUCGGCCGGCAAACGAAUGCAAAAACCGUACCUACGUCGAAAAACGGCUUCUUCGAUUCCAAGGUGCUAUCUCGCCAGCAUGCUGAAAUUUGGGCUGACAGAGCGACGGGGAAGGUCCUGAUUCGUGAUGUCAAGUCGUCUAACGGUACCUUCCUCAAUGGCCAACGGUUGUCUCCAGAAAACCGUGAGUCUGAAGCUCAUGAAAUUCGGGAAAAUGAUACGCUUGAGCUGGGGAUCGACAUUGUCAGUGAAGACCAGAAGACCAUCGUACACCAUAAAGUCUCGGCCAAAGUAGAGCAUGCCGGGGUUUACGGGACUGUGCCCAACAUCUUUGAUCUUACGCUCGGUGAUUUAGAUCCAGCUUCUGGGAAUGGACUUCUUCCCUCCCCUCUAAGUCAGCCAUUGUCCCACCUCCGAGGGCGGGCUGGCAGCGCGUCAAGUACCCGCAGUGCCCAAAGCAACGCCAGUAGUCAGUUUAAUGCACUGCAGCAACAACGCCAAAUGAACUAUUGGAGCUCUCCUCUCUCCAUUGAACAGGUUGUCAAAAGACUGACCUCCGAGAUGAAACAAGCUAAGCAGCAGCAGCAAGAACUUCGGCAAACCGACGAGUUCUUGACUGGCCUCAUGAAGUCAGGGGCCGCAGAGAAGGAGAAACAAAAACACUCGUCAGGUGACAGCAUUUCCUCUCGUCAAGUCAACGGACGCCCGAAGAUGCCCCGUGUGGAUUCGUUCUCGCGCUUCUCAGAACCCCCGGCGCCUCCUCCUCAACAACCUUUACCUGAAAAACCUGAUGCUCUACCACGGAAUGGGGUGGACGCGAUUUCUCCUCUUAAACGGACCGACACAGAAAAACCUAAAAUGAGCGCUGGUAGCUCACCUGUGUCUCGAGAGUCUAGCCAGAUUCUUUCUCUGAUUGAAGCCUUGUCAUCUGCCAAACGAGAACUUGACACCCAAGGCGCUCGUGUUAAAGAGCUUGAGCAGUUACUCCAGCAGGAACGUCUUGCUCGAGAGUCGGCGGAGCAGAAAGCCAAAUCACUCGAACUUGUCUCUGCCAAGGGGUCUGACCGGCCGUCAGCCCUGAGACAGGACUCACAAGCAGAUGGCUUCCCACAAAACCCUGACCAUGAAAUGACCGUCAAUAAGCCCGAUUCUCAGUCGAUUGAUGAACCUGCUGUACAGGAACAAGGUCACACACCGGCUGAGGAUCAGACCGAAAAACUGCAGCGUCGGCUGGAAACAAUGAUGGAAGAUAUGGAAGCAAUGAGGAAGCAGCUCUCGUCGUACAAAGAACGGGCGGAGAAAGCUGAGGCUGAGACGGGUGAAGCCCGCAAAUCGCUUGUUGAGAUGAUCGAGACCCUGCGGAAAGAGCGGGCUGCUGUUCGCGAUAGGGAACCACUGCUUCCGGUACGUGAUACGAAAUUCCUCAACGACACGUCUCAUGUCGAUGAGGAACCGACCGCCGCUGUCAACCAUUCCGAUGUUGGCUCGCAAGACGCUACAUCGUCGCCGCGCUCUAAAGGCGCAGACACUGGCACAGAACUUGCAACACAGCCCCAUAAACGUCUUGACGCUGUUGAGCAAGCGAGUCCACUUGCAUCAAUGCUUGGGGUUGUGCUUCUUGGUGUUGGAUUGAUGGCCUAUCUAAACGGGUGGCAGAAAAUGGAUAAGUAG